AUGCAGAUCUCCCCGAGUGAAGACAAGAUCCCUGUCGUGGGCCCACCUUCAAGCCCUCAGUGCAGUGGAGAGAGCCUUUACUUCUCUGACGGCAGACGGAAAGUUGACUACGUCCUGGUCUUCCACCAGCGGCGGCACGGCUCCAUACGAUCGCGUGCCAGCACCUCAGUUUCGCACGACAGGCUCUCCAUCGUUUCCAACGGCAACUUCCCUCCUUCGACGGGCUCGGAUGCGGCGGCCGGGAGAGGAGGCAGCAUACCGGAAGGGGAGGCUGCUCGAGUCGGCGAGGUGUUCAUGGAGCUCGGUGGAGCGGGAGGGAACGAGCCGACGGAGCCCGCCGACCACGAGAUGCGUCUCAUCAGGCAGGAGUUUGAGGCCAACCUGCUGGAGGCCGGCCUGGAGAUAGAGAGAGACAGAGAGUUAAAGAACUACGGCCCCAGCUUCACUCGUCUCCACGCGCCCUGGCCAGUACUGUGUCGGGAGGCUGAGUUUCUCAAGAUUAAAGUCCCCACCAAGACGAGUUACGAGCUGAAAGAGGAGAGUGGUUUCGGGUCCAGUAUGAGCACAGUGUGGAGGAAAAUGAACCACCCUUUCCAGCCCAAAGUACCUCACCAGGAACAAGAACGCACCAAAUUUCUCACACACUGCUUCUCCAGGGACAAACUCCACCUAUACAAUAUCGCAUCUAAAGACACAUUCUUUGACAACGCCACAAGGGGCCGAAUAGUAUAUGAGAUCCUGAGACGGACGGUGUGUGUGCGAACCUGUCAAACCAUAGGCAUCAGCACGUUGAUAGCUAAAGGAGUGUAUGACGCCGCCUUCCCUCUACACGAUGGUGACUACAAGGUCAUCGGACACCCAGAGGAGAGGAGUGACAGACAGGUUCUUCACGAUGAGUGGGCCAAAUACUCGGCCUUUUACAAGUACCAGCCCAUUGAUCUGGUCAGGAAGUACUUCGGGGAGAAGAUCGGUCUGUACUUCGCAUGGCUCGGUGUUUACACUCAGCUGCUGAUACCGGCCUCCAUAGUGGGAAUCAUUGUGUUCUGCUAUGGGGUGGCAACAGUGGAUACUGAUAUACCCAGUCUGGAGAUGUGUGACGAGCGUCUCAAUUUCACCAUGUGUCCUCUGUGCGACGGAGCCUGUGACUUCUGGCAGCUCAGCACGGCCUGCGGCACCGCCAGGGCUUCACACCUCUUCGACAACCCCGCCACCGUCUUCUUCGCCAUCUUCAUGUCCCUGUGGGCCGUGCUGUUCCUGGAGCACUGGAAGCGCCGCCAGAUCAGUUUGAGCUUCAGUUGGGAUCUUACCGGCAUCGAGGAGGACGAGGAACAUCCCAGGCCAAAAUACGAGACCAUCCUCCUCCAGAAGAGGCAGAGGAAGCAGAAAACUAAGAAGAAGAAGAAAAAGAGCGAGCUGGACCUGACUGUCAGCAAUACCAAUGGAAAGCCAGACAAGCAGGAGGACGGGACAGUGACAGGGAAGGACAGAUGGAGACAAAAACUACUGUCUGCUAUGGCUGCAGGGAUACCGGCUGCCAUAGAGAAGUUGACCUGGAAAGACCGCCUUCCUGGAUACUUCAUCAACGUUUCCUCCAUCCUCUUUAUGUUUGGCUUGACGUUUUCAGCCGUUUUCGGCGUCAUCAUCUACCGCAUCACGGUGUCAGCCCUGAUGGCGAUGAGCCCCGACCCCGAGACCAAGUCCAACGUUCGGGUGACCGUGACAGCCACCGCGGUCAUCAUCAACCUGGUGGUUAUUCUGAUCCUUGAUGAAAUCUACGGCGCCGUGGCGUUGUGGCUGACUGAGCUAGAGAUUCCUAAAACAGAAACUCACUUUGAGGAGCGUCUUAUCCUGAAGGCCUUCCUGCUCAAGUUCAUGAACGCGUACGCACCCAUCUUUUACGUGGCCUUCUUCAAGGGACGGUUUGCUGGUCGACCUGGAAACUACGUGUACGUCUUUAACGAUUAUCGGAUGGAAGAGUGUGCGCCAGGAGGCUGCCUCAUCGAGCUGUGCAUUCAGCUCAGCAUCAUCAUGCUGGGGAAGCAGCUGAUCCAGAACAACAUCUUUGAGAUCGGCAUACCGAAGUUGAAGAAGCUGGUGCGCGCGUUGAAGGAUAAAGGAGCGGCGGAGAAGGAGCUGGAGGAGGAGAGGCCUCCGCAGCAGUGGAACCUGGACUACGCCCUGGCUCCCUUUGAAGGCCUCACGCCGGAAUACAUGGAGAUGAUCAUCCAGUUUGGUUUCGUCUCUCUGUUCGUGGCUUCGUUCCCGCUUGCUCCGCUCUUUGCUCUGCUCAACAACGUCAUCGAGAUCCGACUGGAUGCCAAAAAGUUUGUUACGGAGCUACGCAGGCCGGUUGCUGUACGUGCCAAAGAUAUUGGUAUAUGGUACAACAUACUGAGUGGAAUGGGAAAAUUCUCAGUCAUUAUAAAUGCCUUUGUGAUCUCCUUCACAUCAGACUUUAUCCCUCGGCUCGUCUACCAGUACAUGUUCAGUCAGACCGGCACCAUGCACGGCUUCAUCGACCACACUCUCUCCUACUUCAACGUGUCCAAUUUUAAACCAGGCACCGCACCGCAGAACUUAGAGCAAGGGGCCAUCACUGUCUGCCGGUACAAAGACUACAGGGAACCCCCCUGGGCUCCGGACGCCUACACCUUCUCCAAACAGUACUGGUCUGUCCUGGCUGCAAGACUGGCUUUUGUCAUACUGUUCCAGAAUCUGGUGAUGUUCCUCAGCCUCAUCGUUGCCUGGGGGAUCCCCGACGUUCCCAAAACCAUCGUGGAGCAGUUCAAACGGGAGAAGAAGCUCCUGGUCGACGUCUUCCUACGGGAAGAGAAGGAAAAAUUCCAGCUCAUCCAGAGCCUCUUCUCCAAGGACACCACCCUCCGCCCGGGCCGCCACACGCUCCACCCGAGCCAGGGCUCGUUCCUCCCGGGCCGCUUCAGCACCCUUCCCCCGGGUCCGACGCAGGGCUUGCCCGGAGAAGGAGGAGGGCCGAGGGCGAGGUGCAGGGCCGCCAGCUUCAGCCAGUUCACCAGGAAUAUCCCCCCGUCGCCUAAAAACGAAAACGAGAAUUCCAGACACACGGUGGUGUGA